CUGAGGCAAUCGCCUGGACGAACCAAGGGGAGCAGCUGGGCCUGAGCAGGAGCAAUCCGUGCUGGGGGUCCCAAGAAGGGGCAGAUGCAGCUGCUGCCCCCUGGACACCGGCAUGGAGACGCGAAGGCUCCCAGUGGAGGUCAUCACCUACAUCCUCAGCUUCUUGCCCAUUGCCGACAGGAAGGAGGCCUCUCUGGUGAAUCACACCUGGUACUUUGCGGCCCAGGACUCCCUGCGGCAGCCCCACCUGACCGUGCUGGACCUCACUGGGUGCUCUGAGCUGUCCGACCGGGCCGCCCUCGCUGUGUCCGCGGGGCUGCGAGCCCUGCAGAGCCUGGGCCUGGGGAAGCUCCAGCGCCUGACGGACGGGGGUUUCCUGGGCAUUGCUGAGCUCCGGAGCCUGCAGAGGCUGGACCUGUCUGAGUGCAGCCUCGUGAGCGGCAGUGAGCUGGUGAAAGUGUGCUCCACCCCUGAGCUGCGGCCUAGCCUGGCCUCCCUCAGCUUUGCCUUCUGCUCUCUGCUCAGAGACAGCUCUGUCCUCUCGCUGGCCAGGUCCCUCAGCCCCAGUCUGCGGGUAUUAGACCUCUCCUCCUGCGUCUCCAUCACCAAUGUGAGCAUCCAAGCGAUUUCCUCCCACCUCCCCCGGCUGACUGUCCUGCGACUGGCCUGGUGCAAGGAGCUGACGGACUGGGGCCUCCUGGGCGUAGAGGAGCCCAGAGAGGAGCGUAACCAUCGCAGAGAGAAGGACGCAGGGCCACAGUUCAGCAGGAAUUUCGGUAACAUGGGAUUCUUCCUGCCGCCCCUGCAGAACCUGGAGCAGGAUCCCAAGGUCCUCAGCGACUCCGCCUGGAACGAGUCCCAGAAGCAGCACCGGGCCUCCCUGCAGGCGCUAGAACAGCUGCAAGAGCUCGACCUCAUGGCCUGCAGCAAGCUGACUGACAGCAGCAUCGCCAAGGUUAUCCGCUUCCCCGCCCUGAGGCGGCUGUCCCUCAGCUUGCUACCGGAGAUCACCGACGCCAGCCUGGUAGCGGUGGCCAGGGGUUGCCAGAGCCUGGAGCAGCUGUCCAUGAGUCACUGCGGAAAGCUGACUGACAAAGGCUUCCUGGAGGCCGCUAGCUCUCUACGGAGACUCCAGCACUUAGUCAUCUCUGGCUGCAGCCAGCUCACACGCCAGACACUGAUGGCCAUCAGCAGGGAGUGCAGACAGCUGAAGAGCCUGGAUGUCUCCAUGUGCCAUGGGAUCAGCAUGGCCGAUAUUGAGCUUUUCCAGGCCCAGCUGCCCCUGCAGACGUGUGUCCAGUCGCGCUUUGUGGGCGGAGCAGAUCUUUCCUUCACCCUGUGAGCGGGGCCAAGCGGCAGGCUCAGAUCCCUCCGGUCUGGGGCAGCUCGGAGAAUGGCUGAUGCUACAGCUCAGGCCCUUCCCCGCGUCCCGCUCCCAGCUGGGACACGCGCUCCACGGCGUCUUGGCCUGGGCUGGGGGGCGAGUGGUGACACCCCUUGGCCAGAGAGUUCUAGUGUCUAACACUACGUGCAGCUG